CUUUGCUGGCUCAUCUUUGCUUCACUUUCUCUCACGCACGUUCUAUCAGAGUCCCGGUCUUUCUUCUAAAGCGCUGCAACACGCCCGGUUCCAUAUUCUUAUUCAUUGUUGCAUGUGUUGAGAAUCCGAGACAAGGACCGAAUUCUUCAGCACCUCUCGCGCGCGCCGGAGUCCGGCCAGCUUUUCUUCUCCUCUUCUUCUCCAAGAUGGAUGCCUUGCACUAUGAUCCGAUGGCUAUGGAUGGGGAGCCGGAACAGCCCCAGGUCAAGAUCUCAGCGGCCGAUAGCACGCGCGUAGAUUUCGAGCUCUCAAGAACGAACCUGCCAUUCGCCAACGCCCUGCGGCGAAUCAUCCAGGCCGAAGUACCGACAAUCGCUAUCGACCUGGUAGAAAUCGAGGUCAACAGCUCUGUCCUGGCCGACGAGUUCAUCGCGCACCGACUGGGCCUUAUUCCCCUCGACUCCAAGGGCGUCAACGAACUCAACUACUCCCGUGACUGCGACUGCGAACAGUACUGCGAGCACUGCUCCGUCAGCCUUACGCUUCACGCAAAGUGUACCAGCGACGAGAUUAUGAAGGUCUACGCCCGAGAUUUGGUGGUGGAUGGACGACAUGCGGGUUCUGUUGGAAAUCCCAUCAUCACCGACCCGGAGGGCCUGGGGUGCUUGAUUGCUAAGCUGCGGAAAGGCCAAGAGCUGAAGAUUACGUGCAUUGCGAAAAAGGGAAUUGCAAAGGAACAUGCAAAGUGGAUGCCUACGUCGGCCGUUGGCUUCGAGUACGACCCUCACAACAAACUACACCAUCUUGACAUGUGGUUUGAAAACAACACCGAUCCAGAGAAGGAAUGGCCAAAGAGUAAAUAUGCUCAGUGGGAGGAACCCCUUCAAGAGGGCGAGCCCUUCAACUACGAUGCUGUGCCGAAUCGAUUCUACUUCGAAGUCGAAGCGUCAGGAACCAUGGAGCCGGAUUUGAUCAUCCAAGGAGGUAUCCGAGUUUUGCAGCAGAAGAUUGGAGGGCUAUUAAAGGGUCUGGACCCAAGAAAGUACGGCGGCGACGAUGCCGACAUGGACGGCCCUCGGAGCCCGGAUAUGAACAUGGACGGCGGCACUACACCUUGGCAAGAUGGCGGAUACACAACUCCUUACGGAAACAACACGGCGUACGGAGGGGGUAAUACGGCAUACGGAGGUGGUACUUCAUACGGUGGCAGCGCAACCGCCUAUGGAAGCGGCACGGCAUACGGCGGCAGCUCGACCUCAUAUGGCGGCUCGGCGGCCGGGUCGGGUAGCGGCGGAUACGGCUCAGGACCUUAUAGCCAGGGCAGCUCUUGGCAGUAAAUGGAUAGGGGAGGCGUUUGAUGGGAUGACUGGGAUAUUUUUGCUUUCUCUUCUCUUUUUUUUUUGUCAACUCUCGCAUAAAGCAAGGAUGAGGUUUUUUUUUUUUUUUGUUCACGCUUCUGGAUUGUACAAUAUUUGGGAUCGACAGCGUUAAUAGUUAGAGAGGUGAGUGCAAAUCUUCUUCUCAAAAAGUUAAAGGGGAAAAAACACAAGCAGACAUUCCGGGAAAAAAAAAUAACAUUAUACAAUUUGCAAAUCAUAUUUUAAAUCAUCUGUUUGUCUGCCUGACUUGUCGGUCUGACUUGUUUGUUCAUGCUACCAAUCUAUCGUUGUAUCUAUAUGCGGAGAUUAUGCUAGAAAUACUACUACAUGAGAGAGCACC